AGUGCAUGUCAGGAAUCAGUAUCCACUGUACUGCAAUGGAGAAAUAAACAAAAAAAUUGUGGAAGGAGGAUGGAAAACUACUUUUUUUGCUGAAUUAAUUGUUUCGCCAUACUGUUCGACAAGAUACGGAAAACAAAACAUAGCCGUUUCAUCGUCGUUUUUAGGUGUAUGAUAGUGUUUUGUUGAUUUUGGGCUAUCAGUAUUUCAGCAUCAUGAAACACUUUGCUCAUCCGGCAGCUUUAGCUUACUCCAUGACCACUCUCGGCGCUGCCAUGAUGAACAGCAUCUUUAGUUUCUAUUAUGUGAAACUCUUCUUGAACAAGUACAAAAUAUCAGAAGGAGCCUUUCAUCAGUCACAGGUGGUCUAUAUGAUCUGGAAUGCCCUCAAUGACCCCCUGUUUGGCUAUCUACAAGACAACUCACGCAUAGAGUGCUGUGCGCGGCGGAGGCUCUCCAUUUUAUACGGGGCUCCCCUGUACUGUCUGUCAUUCUUGCUAGCAUGGUUUCCAUGGAGGACGUAUGAGGCGGGUGAUUGGCUGAGCGGCAUACAUCUAUCUGUGACCCUUUGUGCUUUCGAUGGCAUGCUGACAUUCGUGUUAUUAGCUCAGUGUGCCCUCUUUGCAGAAAUCUCAGGACACCAUCAGAGCAGACUGAGACUGAUUAAAUACAGCCAGGUCGCAUCUCUGGUGGGUUCUUCUAGCGUUCUCUUCAGUGGCCUCAUCUCCAAAAACAUGGAUGACUUUGCAGCCUUCCAGGCCUUCAGUGUGCUGAUAGCCGUGCUAGCGUGCGGUUCCAUGUUAUACACAGGCUUUCACAGCGAAAGUCGAUUUGAUAGCAAAACCUCGGAUACAAAUUCCCAGGGUCUUCAGAAACCAUUGCUCUCAAUGUCAUCUGUUCUCUCCAUGACCUGGCAGAUCCUUACCCACAGAGACUUCCAGCUCUUUGUAAUCAUGAACUUUUUCCAGGUCUUCAUGGUGGCUUUCUGCAAUAACUUCACCAUUAUUUUUGCAGAGCAUCUCAUUCCUCAGGAUGUCUUGCCAACGCUGGCCAAGAGCGUCAUGUAUGGAGCAGGAUUCAUCUGUCCUCAGUUGUUGGUUUUGUGCAGCCAGAAUCUUCUCGAGAGGUUUGGCUACUACAGACUGAUUCUCAUCACCUUCUACGUGGAGGCAGGAGCUGCUAUACUCAUGCUACUUUUGGGUCCAAGCCACUACUAUUUCCUUGCAUUGUUCCUCACUGGUAACAUGGUCCUGGUUCAGGCGGCCUUCAGUCUUUUCAAUUUGCCACUGGCUGACAUCAUUGACUCUGACCUUCAGAAAUACAAGCGCAGUUCUCCUCUGUCAUCUAUGGUGUUUGGGACCAAUGCGCUUUUCACCAAGCCGGCUCAGUCUCUGGCCCCUAUGCUGGUCGUGUCCAUCCUGAACCAAUAUGGCUACGCAGAAAUCAAAGAUGCUGGGAAAAAUGCAGACCCAAGUACUCUUCAGUCCCUGCACAGCACCAUGUUUUACCUGGUGUGUGUGGUACCAUUGUGUGUCACAGCUCUGCAGGUGCUUGCAUGGAGGCCAUUCUCCAUACGAGACACACAUACCUUGGACUCUAAGUAUAUAGAUGGAUGAAUCUGAGCUCAUUUUAUUGUGUCUGUAUUAAACUUUAAUGUGCAAAACUUUGCACUAUACAUUUUGAUUCUUAUUCAAAACAUGACAGACUUAAGCAGUUAUUUAUAGAUAAAUCAGGUGCCAGGGGUCUAUGUUUGUUGGUUUUGAGGUUUGUGUUGUUAGAAGUGUUGGUGGUCAUCUUAUAUGGGAAUUACAUGGGAAUUCUUUGAGGAACAUUGAUUAGAUUUACAGAAAUGUAAACUUGUCAUUUAUGGAUACUGAUGUAUACUGGAUCCAGUUUCCAACAGUAGUUCUAUUUAAUACUUGACUAAAAAUAGAAAUGAAGAAGAAUAGAGAUGACUUUAUUUUUUAUAAGAAGAAAUAAAAUGUGGAUGCAUAUGAAUAUCAGUUAUGUAGGAAAUCUUUUGCCAGUCAGUGAUACAGGUUAGAGGUCAUACACAAAUGUCUGACCAGAUUCAGAAUUCAAAAGUCUUUUGAAGUGUUGCGUUAUAUUUUUUCAUAAGACAUAUCUUUACUGUAGCACAAAAAGGUGCCAGGAUGCUUUUUAAGCUGCUGUGGUAAUAUUAUUUUUCAUUUGGCAAUCGGAUGACAACUUCAAAAUGGAGUUAAAUAAUUAACUUUUUCUUAAAAGAAAAAAUUAUGAGUAUAAUUGAAUUGAGUUUUUACCAAAGCUGGAAAAUAAAUGCAUAAACAUAUUUUUUUCAAAUGAGUUGAACUAUUUUGUUAAAUUUUACAUUUCCUGAUAUGACACAAUUCAUUUAUUUGUCUGGUUGUUGUUUUUCAAUAAAUCUGGCUUUA